AUGUGCCUUUUAGAUUCCUACAACUUUUGGCUAACAUCAAUCGACAGUUUUAGUGAUACCAAAACACCAGUUAUACUAGUUGGCACUCAUGCAGAAAAUAAAUCACUGGAGGAAUGUCGUAAGUUUUUCCGAGAAUUUUUUGCCAAGUACGAUCAGCAUCCUCAUCUUCGACGGCAUCUGCAUGAAGACCGAAGAUAUGCUAUCGGAUUCCCAAAGAAAGGAUCCAAACUAGAGGAUUUAGUACAAAUUAAAACAUGUAUUGCUCGUCUUGUCCAGGAUCCUGAAUAUUCUGAAAAACACAUUCGACCUGUUUGGGCAAUAUUUGAACAAAUCUUGCAAAGAGAAAAAACACGAAGAAUAAUUUCUAGAGACACUUUGUCAAAUUACAACAAAAGAUUAAGCAAAGAAUUUAGGAUGAAUGAUAGUGAAAUUACAGAAAUGUUGCUCUUCCUGCAUAGAGUUGGCAAUUUGUUGUACUUUGAUGAGUGCAGCUUAAAGGAAAUUAUUAUUCUCGAUAUUCAGUGGUUAGUCGAUGCAUUUAAAUGUAUCGUUACAUACAAAGUAAAAAUAGCAACUACUGACAUCCAGCGUUCACAUUUUCAGAAUACCGGAGAAAUAGAGGAUCAAGAGCUUCGAGAAAUUUGGGAAAACCAAGGAGAGAAAGGGAAAACAUACCUUUCUCAUAAAGCAGAAAUAUUAUCAUGCAUGGAACAGUUAGGAUUAUUAGCAACAUAUGGUGCAGAAAAGUAUUAUAUCCCAAGCAUGAACAAGAGAAAUUUUGAAAACGACGACAGUGCUUACAUAACAUCUUCUAUUCUUUGUUUUCAAUUUGACAAAAACCGACAAUCGCCGCUGGAUCUAUUUUAUGGCGUAAUUUUGAAAUGCCUGAAAAUACCAGAGUGGUCAAUUUUGCAAGCACGUGACCAAAACUGUUUUUAUGAAAACGUCGCAUGUUUUUCUUUUCGACAGUAUAUAGUCGUAGUUUGUCUUUGCAAAUUCCAGAUUCAGGUGCAGGUCAGGAUUCCAGGAAAGACAGGAUCAAUUGCAACAGAAAUUCUUGGGGACGUACAACGAUCUGUUGAAGAAAAAAUAGGAGAUUAUAAAAAAUACUGGUAUGAAAUUGGAUAUAAAUGCCAAAAUGGGAUGUUAAAUGCCGAAGAUGACAAUUCCUUUAUUGCAAAGGAAAAGUUUCCAGUCUCAAAUGUAAUUUGCGAGAAGUGCACAUUUAAAGAAAAGCAUUAUGUCGACAACAAAAUAUGCUGGAUACCAACAAAAGAAGAGACGAUUAAAGAUAUUUUCCCAAAUUUCGAUGCUAAUAAGGAGGAGACAGACGAAGGUUUGGCUUCAAUGAAUCAUAUUUUACAAGCGUGCGCAGAUGGAAAUAUAGAGGACUUUAAAUUUCACUUGAAGAAAGAAAUUAGUCCAAGGCGGCAUUUAUUGAUGAAGUCAGAUCGAAAUGGCUGGAAUGUUUUACACAGAGCAGCAAAAUGGGGGAAAACUAAAAUAUUUUCAACAUUGAUAUCGGAAAAUUUUGACUUAUGUAGAAAAACACAUGAUCAAAUGACGGUUCUUCACAUUGCUUCAAAAUAUGGUAACUAUGAUAUUUGCGACAAUAUUCUGAAAAAUGAAGAUUUCAAAGAAUACUUAAACGAAAAAUCGUCGCAAGGAAAAAACGCCUGUCAUUACGCGGCAGAAUCGGGUUCAGUUGACAUUAUUCGGCGACUUGUUGAGAAAGGAAUCGACGCAAGGGCAGUCACAAACGAUGAGCAGAAUAUCUUUCAUAUUGCAUGCAUAUAUAACCGAUUAGAAAUGUGCGAGUUUGUUUCGAUGAAUUUCCACGAACUCAUGUUUUCAAAGAGUAAAGAAGGGUGGAACGCAACUUUACAUGCAGCAAGAAAUGGCAAUCUAGAGGUAUUGAAAUUUCUGAGAAAGGAGAACAUCAGCUUUAAACACAGGUCAGAGAGUGAUAGAAACGCUUUACAUAUUGCUUGCGACCAUGGACAUUUGGACACAUGUAAAUAUGUUUCCAAAAAAUGUCCACCUUUGCUUCAUGCUGUUGAUCACAAAGGGCGAAAUGCUGGUCAUUUUGCGGCAAGGGGUGGUAAUGUCGACAUAAUGAAACAUCUUGCAUCAAAAAAGAAAGCAGAUGUGACCAAAGAAACCAACACAGGCAUGAAUAUACUUCACAUGGCUUGUUUGCAUUCUCAAAGUGAGAUGUGUAAAUACAUCCUGUCCAUAUAUCCUUUUCUUGCUGCUAUGAAAACACAAAAAAACUGUGCACAUUUUGUUGCUGGUAAGGGCACCAACAAGGGUAAUGAAAUUGAGAUUUUUGAAAUGCUUCGAAGUGAAAACUAUGAAGUGGACUUAUCAGGUCUUACCAAACAAGGAAACUCGGUAUUAACACUAGCAGUUAAAUACAAUGACCACGAGUUUGCUGAAUAUCUUUUAAAAAACUAUCGUUACUUAUUAAACAUUACAGGUUCUAACAACGUUAGAGAAACCGGCAAUGAAGACCAAAAUAUGCUUCGACUUCUUGAUAAAUAUUUGGGUUAACACAACCUUUCUAUUUUUUCAAAUAGUUUACAACUCAUUAAUGUUAGAGAUUCGUUCCUCUCUUUUGGGUAACCAUUUUGAAUCACCUUUAGUCUAAAAAUCCUGUGUCAUAUAUUAAUUCUACCUGUAUAUUUAUAUUUAACAAUGCAAGUGUAUUUGAAUAUAAUUGUUUCAAGAAAAUUACACAUUUACAUAGUUUAGUUACUAUAUUUUGGGGCAGAAGGUUUUUGAAAAGAAAAUGAAAAUUUUUUAUAACUCAGUAGAUUAAGAGCACUGUUAUUAAAGUUUCCAGAUUUUCAGUGCAGGCCAAAUUUCAAGAUAGUUUGUGCACUACAUUAUGUUGUUUAAAAACAUAAUUCUUGUUAAAUAUUUCAAUCGACAUAUUUUGGCAUAUCUGGCUUAUCUUUCUUAGAAGUCAAGAAACAAUAUUUCAAGUUAAUUUUAAAAAAAGAUACACAAAGAUUUAGAACAUUUCUAAUGGAAAUAUUUUCCAUCUAUAUCAGAGUCCAAUUCAAAAUAUGCACUAGUUUCCUUUCACCGGAUGUUUGCAAAUGAACACUAAUUGCCCAAACCCUACCCGGUUCACUAUUUUCUAGGAAAAUCUUGAAGUUUUACUCAAUUCAGUCGUAAAAUUCACCAAGAGCGCAUUCAUUACGGCUCAAUUUUAUUACAGAAAAUAAAGAUAUAGCAUCAAUUUACAUUUACAAUAUUAAGCCGUAAACAAUGCGCUCAUAUCGAGAAAAACUAAAUACAACAUUUGCGGGAACAUCAAAGUUGUCGUCUUGAAGCUGUCAAGAUCAUUUUUAUGCAAAUAAGCAGACUUGACAUUGUAUAACACCAUAUUUAACGACGUUAAACAAGAAAACUAUGAGAGAUAUUAAAAAAAGAAAAACAUUUCCAGGAAGCACAUUUUCAAUAGAGUAUAUAAUGGGACAAUUUUCAAUAUUUGAAACUAGGCCAUUUUCAAUGGUUUGUGGGUCAUGUUCUUUUUGCCAAGAUUAGCUUAUUUCAUGCAAUAUCGCAUAUGUUUGAAAUGUGACCUCUACUUUUUUUCACUUUUACAUGAAACAUUGAUUUAUGUCUAUUUGUAUGCAAAGUUUUCGAUGAAUGGCAUUACUGACAUUUAUUUAUUUGCAUUAUAAUUUGAUUACUCAAAAUUUUUGUAGCAAUCUUGUGUUAAAUAUGUACUGGCACUUGAUGCAACCAGUAAAGCAAACUUUUUCUGUUAACUUUUACUUAAAUAUUACUUUUUUACUCACUUCAUAUGUUCAACUUCAUACUGUAUUAAAAUUACAAUUAAAUAAUAGUUUAAAUCGUAAAUAUAUUUGUUUGAUUUCUGCAUAUUAUAAACUAUUUCCAUGCCGAAGAUAAGCAAUAAUUUCAGGAAAACUAUUAAUUCUAUUUGUAGCCCUUAUAUAUCUAAAAAUAUUUGGCAUGUGAGAUGGGU